AGUGUCAAGGUGUACGUUAGUGCGGACCAAGUAUCUCAUUCAAAUUUCGUAGCUGUCAUUCGUCGUUCAUGCAAACCAACACUUUGUAUUCAACGCUCCAACGAAGGGAUUGUGUUUUGUCUUCAAGAUUGGCUGAUGCAAAUUGCGCAAUUUAAAAAUUCAGUUUAUAAACAGCAUAAAAUUUUCAAAAUCAAUAACUAUUUGCUGUUGUAUUACGACACAAAAUGGCGUCCAGCAAACAUGAGAACGAAUUAUCAACGGGACUUUCAAAGUUUGCUCUCGAUUUGUACUCGGAAUGCGCGCAUUCAAGCGAUCAAAACGUUGUCAUUUCUCCGUUGAGUGUGGCGAAUGUUCUUACUUUGCUCUCGCAAGCCGCAAAUGGCAAAACAUACGACGAGCUACGUCGGGCACUGCAUUUGAAUGCAGACAAAGCAGUAAUUGCACACCAGUUUGCCGAAUUCAGCAAACAAAUUGAAGACUGCAUUGGAAAAGCAAACUUGUCGAUCGUUAAUCAAAUUUACGUACAGCAAGGAAUGAUGUUGAACUCCGAUUAUCGCGAUAUUGCCAUGAAGAAUUUUGGUGCAGGCAUUGAGCCAGUUGAUUUCGACAAACCACACGAGACCGCGCAAACCAUCAACCAAUUUGUCAAAGAAAAAACAAUGGGAAAAAUUCCGAAUGCUGUUAAACCGGAAGUUUUUGGUGGCAACACUUGUGUUGUCUUGGUGAAUGCCAUAUCGUUCAAGGCCAACUGGUGUCGAAAAUUCGCCACCGGUUCGACUCGAACGGGUGAUUUCUACAUCAGCGAAAGUGACACCACUCAAGUUCAAUACAUGACUCAUGAAUCAUACUUCAAUUACACGGUGCUAGAUGAAUUGGACGCCACCGCAUUGCAAAUAGGUUACAAGGAAUCCGAAUUUUCAUUCGUGGUUAUUCUUCCGAACACUCGUUUGGGCUUAAGCGAAUUGGAAUCUCGGUUGAAGAAUUACGACUUGUCAAAAGUCAUCAAUCGAAUGUCGAAAAAGCUUGUUGACGUCAAACUUCCACGGUUCAAGUAUGAAUAUGAGGUUCAGCUUAAUUCGAUUUUGCAAAAGAUGGGUAUGAGCGAGAUGUUUAAACCAAAAGCUGAUUUGCAAGGAAUGCUGGAUCCGUCUAUGGCCGGUCUUCCACUCAUCGUGUCAACUGUGCUUCACAAAGCCGUCAUCGAGGUCAACGAGAGGGGUACUGAAGCUACCGCUUUUACAAGGGCUGAUGUGUAUAGAUGUGCACGAAGUAGUGAUUCGAUCAAUUUUAAUGUCGACCAUCCAUUCUUCUUCUUCAUUGGAAGCGCUACUUUAUCAACACCAGUUUUCUGUGGAUCUGUUCACAAGCCUGAGGCUUCAAUUCGUCCACGAUUCUAAUCAAAAUGAUUAACUUACGAAAGUGCAAAUACUUUCUAUGAUUCAAGCAAAUUGAAUAGCUUUAGUAUUAAGUCAGAUUUAAUCUUUAUACAUCUGUAAUUCAAAUAUUCGUUUAUAUUUGUUUCGAAAUCUGUACUACAUUUUCUAGUACAAUUUAUAAUUCAGCCUUGUCAUGAAAAACCCCUUAAUAUGAACGCAUUUUCAAUGAUUUUUCCUCACCGAUUACAAAAUCAGAAGACUGCAAAAUCAAUUAAAUCUAUCAAAUGUAAUUCUUGUGCUGACAACAAAAUGCAAAUCAAUAAAGGAUAAUUAUUGCUACUUA